AUCAAAUUUCUCUCAUUGAUAGCACACCUUCUCUUAACACUCAACAACAACUAACGACCCACUGCUCUUUCCUCUGUGUAUAUAUGUUCGCUGCUCUAUGCGCUGCCUUCUCCCACACCAUAAGAGGAUUAUUCUACUGAUUCUCGGUUCGUUGUUUGACGGUGUAAUUGUCUGAGAGAAGGUGUUUCAGGAAACGUCAUGGCGACUGGACAACUUUUCUCCAAAACCACUCAAGCACUAUUUUACAAUUACAAGCAGCUGCCAAUUCAGCGGAUGCUUGAUUUUGAUUUCCUUUGUGGCAGAGAAACGCCUUCUGUUGCUGGAAUUAUAAAUCCUGGUUCUGAGGGAUUCCAGAAACUAUUUUUUGGCCAAGAGGAAAUAGCUAUUCCAGUUCAUUCCACUAUUGAAGCCGCUUGUGCUGCACACCCUAAGGCUGAUGUUUUCAUUAAUUUUGCAUCAUUUAGAAGUGCUGCGGCUUCAUCGAUGUCUGCUCUUAAGCAGCCAACUAUCAAAGUUGUGGCAAUUAUAGCUGAAGGUGUCCCUGAGUCAGACACCAAGCAGUUGAUUGCUUAUGCAAAAGCAAACAACAAGGUUGUCAUCGGUCCGGCUACUGUUGGAGGUAUUCAAGCUGGAGCUUUUAAAAUUGGUGAUACUGCAGGAACAAUUGAUAAUAUAAUUCAAUGCAAGUUGUACAGGCCUGGAUCUGUUGGCUUUGUCUCCAAAUCUGGUGGUAUGUCUAACGAAUUAUACAACACAAUUGCUCGUGUGACUGAUGGACUUUAUGAAGGCAUUGCAAUUGGAGGAGAUGUGUUUCCUGGGUCGACACUUUCUGAUCAUGUCCUACGGUUUAACAAUAUCCCUCAGGUUAAAAUGAUUGUUGUUCUUGGGGAACUUGGUGGACGUGAUGAAUAUUCCCUAGUUGAGGCCCUUAAACAGGGGAAGAUCAACAAGCCUGUAGUUGCCUGGGUCAGUGGAACUUGUGCUAGGCUCUUCAAAUCAGAAGUACAAUUUGGUCAUGCGGGGGCCAAGAGUGGUGGAGAGAUGGAAUCUGCUCAGGCCAAGAAUCAAGCACUCAAAGAAGCUGGAGCUGUUGUUCCCACUUCUUAUGAAGCAUUUGAAAGUGCAAUCAAAGAAACAUUCCAGAAAUUGGUUGAGGCAGGUAAAAUUACUCCAGUGAAGGAGGUAACCCCCCCUCAAAUACCUGAGGAUCUUAACACAGCUAUCAAGAGUGGAAAAGUCCGAGCUCCAACUCACAUUAUUUCCACAAUCUCUGAUGAUAGGGGUGAGGAGCCAACUUAUGCUGGUGUCCCAAUGUCCUCCAUUGUUGAAGAGGGACUAGGUGUUGGUGAUGUCAUCUCUUUACUCUGGUUCAAACGAAGCCUUCCGCGUUAUUGCACACGUUUUAUUGAGAUUUGCAUCAUGUUGUGUGCUGACCAUGGUCCCUGUGUCUCUGGUGCUCACAACACCAUUGUAACGGCUAGGGCUGGAAAAGACCUGGUCUCUAGUCUUGUUUCAGGUUUGUUGACAAUUGGUCCACGAUUUGGUGGGGCUAUUGAUGAUGCUGCUCGAUACUUCAAGGAUGCUUAUGAUAGGGGUCUUACACCUUAUGAAUUUGUUGAAAGCAUGAAAAAGAAGGGCAUUCGUGUUCCUGGUAUUGGGCACAGAAUCAAGAGGGGUGACAACAGAGAUAAGAGGGUCGAACUACUACAACGUUUUGCACGCUCCAAUUUUCCGUCUGUUAAGUACAUGGAAUAUGCUGUUGAAGUUGAAACCUAUACCCUUUCGAAAGCAAACAACCUAGUCCUCAAUGUUGAUGGCGCCAUCGGGUCCCUAUUCUUGGAUCUUCUUGCGGGCAGUGGCAUGUUCACCAAGCAAGAAAUUGAUGAGAUUGUUGAGAUCGGCUACCUGAAUGGUCUCUUUGUGCUUGCUCGUUCCGUUGGUCUCAUCGGGCAUACAUUGUACCAAAAGAGACUGAAGCAGCCACUCUACCGCCACCCAUGGGAAGAUGUUCUCUACACCAAGUGAAACUUUUAUAGAUACCAACAGGUCAAUCUCUGCGUAUCUUACAAUGCGCAUUCUUUUUCAAAAUUUCCCUCUUGUUAAUUUGUUGUGUAAUUUUUCAGUUAAUUCGGUUAUUUGUACUGCUGGAAAGCAGAUUGAGUACUUAUCUUUAAGUUUAAAUCAUAGUGACCAAAAGAGAACUCUUUCGCAAAAGUGCCAGUCAACAAUUAGUUUGGAUUCAUGAAGAACUUUGGUCUAAA